AAAUUCUACAAAGGUAAAAAGCAAGCAUGUCUGUUUGUGAUUACUCCUGCGCGUGUGAUGCAUGCCAGGGCGUGUGUUUUCGUCGUUGGCUGUUCCUCUGUCCUUUAGCCUUGCUUUCUUCUGACCUUCCACCAGUGCUCCUGCUCAUUAUUGUGUUGCUCUAAUCUGGAGGGGACAGGACUGGGUGCAGAAGUGUAUUUAUCUUCCUGCACAAAUAGGACCUCUUUCCGUCUGGUCGUUGCUCAGCUUGUUGUUGAAAGAUAGCGAGCAGCGUAGAGCAAGCUUCAGUGUGUGUGUGUGCAGAAGGAAACUGAGAUGUGUCCCAGCUGGCCCACAGACCAGCACACUACCAUCACCUCGCUGCAGCAAAUGUAGACAAAAGAGGAAAUAUCUCCCUUGUGAUACUGAUACCCCUUAACUCUGGGGGUGUUUUACCCUAAAUGAGAACGCAGCAUUCCUCACAGUGGUCUGUUGUACUUGUAAAAGCCAGUAAGAUCAGUGUUACAGAAAGUCCCUGCAGUGUGAGCCCCGUAGCCUCGUUUCCGCUUUUUCCCCAUCACAUCUGUUGGGAUGUGUACUUUUACUACACAUUGUCUAGGCAUGUUUCUUUUCCUUCCCUUGUUGUCUUCAUGACAUUAGGCUUAGAAGCGAGGAGUUAUCAUACUGCAAAUGGCCAUGGGCCAGGAAACCACUGUAGGCAAGCCAGCAAUACAAAACAACAUAAAGCGUACCUUGAAAAAUAUCCCUGUAGAUGACUUCUCUGUUUGCCCUGUUAAAACUGUGAAAGGUCAUUCUGGUUAAAAUACUGGAUAAUUAUUUGACCUUAGUUUUGCACUGCAGUCAGUGAAACUCUGACCCUGUCUCCAGUGUCUUAGCAUUUCAUUUUUAUCCAUCUAAACCUGGUAGAGCAUGAUAUUAUUAUUAUUACUUGGCUUUUUGAGCAAUAAUAAAUACUCUUGGCUGAAAUUCAACUAUUAGAAUUUAAGCUAAAGCUUUGGUACCGCACCUCCAUCACUAAGCUGGUGGUGGCUCGCCUUGAGCUUGAGCUUUAGCUAGCUUUGACCUCCUUCUUAGUGCCGGGGUUGUCAGUCGCUGCUGUGCUCGGCAUUGGAUUUAACUGCUUGUAGAGAGUUAGAGAGAGGGUUUUUUUUUUCUGUGUGUGUGUUUGUGUGUGUGUGUGUGUGUGUGCCUUUGCAGUCAUCUUGUCGCUUCGAGAUGACCCAACCACAGCCUUGGCUUCCUGUCAGCUACAUCUGGCUUGCCAGAGCUCAGUGUGAGGCCAUACUGGCACCAUCAGCUGGGCCAGCUCUCUUGCCCACUUAUCAAAUUCACUCAAUUUGAGACCACCUUGGUUUGGGCUCAUGCCGCCAAAGCAUGAUCUAAGUUUACACAUGCGUAGUGGCCUGUUUUCCAGGAAAAGCCUAGAUUGGUGAAAAACAAACAAAGAGAUAAGACAGAGUCUCGAUAAGCCCAAGCUCAGCCACGAGGCAAAAAACAGAAUCGCAAAUGACUUGACCAAGGAGCUGCAUUCGGUGUGUGUGAAACACUUCACAGUGUCCUCAUUGUGACAUGUUUGUGCUUCUCUAAAAGCACAUUCUGGAGAUAAAGAAAAGUGCAGAGCACAAAAGGAAUUUGAUUUGAUGUGAAGAAUGCAAAGCAGAGAACGGAUGAGCGUAUGUUUUUCAAGGGGGGGUGCUGAUAAGAAAACAACCUUCCCGUGUUUUCCCAUGUGUACAUUUAUGUUUCGGUUUUAAACCAUGUAUGAAAACGUCAUUGGUGGAUUCACUUAAAAAAAAAGUUCAGAUAUGUUUACACAUGAUUUAUUUAAAUCCGCAAUGUAAAUGUUUGUCAGUCAUGGAAAUUUGGGGGUAUUGGUGUUAUUAUUGUGUGGUUAUAGAAACAGAUAUAACAAUUUAAUAGCUCUAUAUGUAUUUCAUAAUUCUAUGUAAGAUGGGGAUUUUUUUUUUGUUGUUGUCAGUUUAAGAGCUAAAAUGUGCGCAAUGGAAAAACCCCACUAUCUUGUGAUUCAGAUGUGGCAAAUUAAAGGUCCGUUUUAGUAAACUACAUGCAAGUGGUUUGUAUUUACUACACUACGAGUGGAAAAAGGUCAAUUUGAAAUGCAUCAGUGACCCACGUGCAUCUUUUAUUUACAUGCGGAUGCACCUGUGUGUUUGCAUGCGUAUGCGUACGAGCGUGUUUGAGGGGGUCUGUUUGUAUUUGAGUGUGACAGUGUAUACUUUGUCAGCCUGAGGACACUUAGAUUGAGUGUGUGUUGUUCUCUCUGGCGAGAGUGCACAUAUGUGUUUGCGUGAAGACCUCGUUCUAUGUGGGUGUGUGUUUGAUAAACUGUGAGAGCAUGUGGGAGACUGUUUGUCUAUUCAUCUGGGUGAGAGCAGGAGAGAUAGAGCAGAAUGAGGAGGUGGAAGAGCAGAUCUGCUUCCAGCCUCUAUCUUCAAGUCAAUCUGCUCCGUCACACAAACCUCUUUAUGUCUCCUUUGGCAGAAGGGAGGGAGACGGGCAGAGAGAAAGAGAGCGCGAGACAGACAAAGAGACUCAGAAAAUAAAUAUGUUUAAAUGGUGGAUGAAUACAAGAGGAGGAGAGAGGGAGAGAGAUUCAAUCAGGCAACCUUAAGAAGAUAGAGCGGAUUUUUUUGUUUAAGAGGAUCAAAGUCAUACUCAGCUACUCAGACAGCAUCUGUCAUUUAAAAUGUUUGUUCUAUUUUAAUCUCAGCAAUGAGCUAUUCUUAUCCAGCUGAAAGGAUAUGGCUAGCGAACGUGAAAUUCAAUGACUUUAAUAUUUAUUUUCAUCAUCAGGGAGCAGAAAAUUGUUUUACAGAGUUUGUCAGUUUAGCCCCACUGGAAGUCGAGAGGCAAUUGACAUCCUGUACAGCUUUCUGUACAGUUUCCUGCACACACACGCAACACAUUCAAUGCACGCACAAUUUUUGUCUCUCUCUUGCUCUCAAGCACACAUAACCCCACACUUCAUCACAUUACCAUGAGCAAGGCCAAAAAAAAAAAGGAAUCAGCUUUCAGUUGUGAAACAAAGGAAAAGCACACACAACAGUACAUCUGUGUGAGUAGGUGUUUGUCUGCCUGCAGUACAGGCAUUAAGAGCAAAACGUAACAUAAAUCAAAAUCUGCUUAAUGGUAGGUCUGACGCUAAUGUAUGGCUGCCAUUCUCUCUCCUCUUCCGUUCUGGCAGCCGUCCAGAUUAAGAAGACAGUCGGUUAGAGUUGAGAGGCACAGAGAUCAAAUCUGGUGGCAGGGUUGGACUGUUAUUGCAGUAUCAUGCCCCACCGGCUGAUGAGUUGCUGUGCUCGUCUCUUGUUCCUCUCAGCCGCAAUCAAACCUGUCACAGUGUGAGUCAGCGUGGCCGUAAGUGGGGAAGAUGCCUCUUGCCAUUAAAUCAAUCAGUUAUCAGACACACCAGUCACAUUUUGUCCACUGUGGAGCCACAUCUAAAGCUGUGAGAGGCGUUGGUGAUGUCACGUGUCUGUCAGAGCGAGCUAGUGAAGGAUGGAGACUGGUACAGAGCGGGAGAACUGAACAAACUGGGAGGCUAAAGAGCUGAAAUCUCAUUUUCUCAGUGGCCUUGAGAGUGGAGCAUGCUCAGUGCUGAUGUUUGUCAUCUCUCCCUCUCUGAGAUGCUACUGCAGUGCUUCCCAGCAGGCUUGGCACAGGCUUACUCAUGGACAUCUCUCUUAUAGAGCGAUACAGUGGCCAGGCUGCAGCUGCUCGGAAGAUGCUUCCCUCUGCGUUUCUUUGUUUCGCGGUGUUGCUCCGUCCCCCCACGCCCUCUUAUCUUACCUGUCUUUCAGUUCAGCCUCCCUCACUCUUCCUCCCAUUGUAUUUCUCGCACAUUAUCUCCUACUUUCUCACUAGCAUCCUCUCUGCUUUCGCUCUCCCGGUCUCUCAUCCUCUCUCCGCCCCUCCACAUCCCUCUCUCACAUACUCUAGUUGCUACCUUUAAGACUGCGGUUGCCAUGGUGACAGCUAUGUGCUGCAGAAACGUCAAAGAGCUGAAUCCACACAGGAUCACUUCCUUGUUUUAACACUUGUGUUCUUUGCUGUCGUUUCCCUCUGGUUUCUGGCAGCUCCCCUUAAAUAACAGACGGACACGCUUGAUUUGAAUGCAUCCAACCAUUUUGCCAUGCUGUAAAUGAGGCAGCACAAGCAACUUGUGGCUUCUUUUCUGUGAUCCCGAUCCCAGCUGUUGCUGAGCACACUCAUUAGUAACACUCAGAUUUGGAAUCUCCGUUGACCUUGGCGCAGCUGACCUUGAGAAACCAGCCCCUUUCUGGGAACUCCAGAUGUCACCGACAUUGAUUUGUGUCACGUCUCCACUCCACUCAGCAGCUCGCAAGGUGACAUUAAUCGAUGGCGUCUCGACCCUCCUCGGCUGUUGCUGGCCACACGUUGUCCGGUUGUGCAGGCAUUUGUAGCACAUGCACAUGAGCAAACAGCAGCUGUCAAAUUCAUGCAGACAAAUCUGGGUUUGCUGCAAACUCUUUGGUUACUACCACACAGCAUGUCUUUAUUUCAGGCACAAUGUGUUUUUUAUUCCAGCAGCACAGCUCAGCGUGUGGUCAGCUGAGGAACAGAUGCCUUGUUAAAAAGGUGAAUGCAGCAGGUGGGGUUGUUUUCUGUCAUCUGUUGAAAGGGACGUUAGUUUCACUCACAAAUUCCCUCUUUCAUGCUUUUUUUUUUUAACCCUGUCUUCCCUUCUCUUCCUCCAUUACUGCUGUUUUUUUCCCAUGCUUUCUAUUUAUUCUAGCUCUUUUUUACUUCUGCUUCUCGUAGAAGGUUUGGUCCUCUUUCUUCUCCCCCUUGCCUUUGCCUCACCUCUGUCAAUCAAAAAUAUAGAUGUUUGUUAAAAGCAGGCACUUUACCUUGCUUUAAGUCCUGAGUAUACACUUUGCUGGAAAAAAAAAUAGCAGACAGAUGUAAACAGUAAAACCUAAUGGCUGUUUAAAGCCAUUAUGUCUAAAGAGAUAAACUCUUGUGCUUAUGAAAGGGCUUUUUUAAGGAGUAUCAGAAUGAUGAUGUGCAGGUAUGUUGCUGUUAGGAGGCUGGAGCUCAGCUCCAUCAUGCAGGGAAGCUAUCUUCCCUUUUCUGGGAGAAGCAAUGAAGGGGUUAGGAGACAACCAGAGAUGGGAUCUAUGAAGCAUUUAUGGGUAGGGCAUAUAUCUAUGGAGGAUCUAUGUAUGAAGUUACAGAGGUUGGCUCCUUUUUUCUUUGAUUUCUUAAAGUUUUGCCACUCCCACACUGGUCUAUUGUGUCUCUCCACCUACAGACCCUAAUCCAAGGACAGCCCACGGCUGCUGAAAAACAGCAGAUGCUUUAGAGUAGUGUAGAAAAAAAGAAAAGAAAAAAGAAGAGAUCUACAUGUUCAUGAUCUACAUGUUCAUGACCAUAUUUGAGUUUGGGUGUGUAAAAUGUGAGUUUAUUUCAGACUUCCAUUGUACUCCACAAGGUCAUAUACAAAACGCUAGACCUUGUUCAGAGCUUAGGUUCUUAAAAACCUAAUUUCCUCACAGUGUGUUGUCUACUACAAGUCCGCCUCCCCUCACUUUCAUGUGCAUGCUCAUGCAGUUCUUGCAUAUUUUAUGUAACCGUCCCAAUGGGAGACACUUGUGGCAAGCAGGCGAUUGUAAAGCUCAUUCGUUUGCAUCCACACUCUACGCUGCAGAUUUUAGCACGCGUUAAAAGAAAUGUUUACAGAACCUAAAGGUACAUGUUGCUGUUCAAGAUCAACAUCACACAAAUGCCUCUAUAGCUAAAUACAGUACGCCCUCAUAGGUGAUGUCAUCCUGUUUCAUUUACAUCUCGUGGCUCCGUUUGAAUAGAUUCUGAGAUCUUAGAAGAGCAUGAUGAGCGAUGCCCUGAGAGACUAAUCUUCUCCCAAAUCUGCAUGAAGUCAUCCUAAAAGGCACGCUUUUUUUUUUUUUGUUCCGACGUCACAAAUACUCGCGCACACAACAGAUGCAUGAAUCGCAAUCCCAUCCCACCCACACUCAAGCAGUACUUUGAGCAAGUCUCAUCUUGUAGGAUAGAGGCGGAGGAAGUGCGUUUUGAGACUGCGGGGCAGCGGGGGGGAUAAAGGUGGUAAAGGGGCAGUUUUCUGUGAUACUGCAUCCCCUUAACAGUACACAGCUUCAACUGCUGAUUUGUUAUGUCACUGAGAACAAGAGAGGGAAAGCAGAAAGAGCCAUUUGUUUUUGAACUAGAAAAAUCUCCACCUUAAACCUUACUGGCAUGUCAAACACUGGCCUUGAAUCGACCCCUCCAGGUUCCUUGCCCACAGCUUAUGCCACUGAGUGAGCUGACCUGUUAAGACAUGACCCUUCGGCUGCCCCUUUCAAUCCCUGCUGCUGCCGCCUACUCCCAAGCGGCGUCAGGAAUCCUCUGAAGGCUUGACUGAGACAACCUCGGGAUGUUCUCACAUGUGACUCAUCUACAGAUUUCGUUUUUAAAACAUGAGUUUCAUUGAGUCAUUGUGCUCUUGUUUCGAAGGCACAUUUUUCUUUUUUUUUUUCUUUUUUUUACAUAGUCACAUCUUGAGCUAUGUCAACUAAAGAUAACAGAUUAACUGAUGUUGUAGUUAUGUCCGCUUUAAAUGCUGUUUCACACAAAUAUAAAGAGAAAAAAUAUCCUUUUUUAUAUUAGAGUCAGGCAGGACGGUGAUUGCCUAUUUAAUAUUUAAGUUUCUGCAACUUUUGGAGCCACACAUGUACCUCUACUGACUUUCAACUUUCUCCAUUUUCCUAAAUUCCUCUAAAUUAUGAAUCCCUAAAUUCUUUGAAUACACAGAAUGCAACAGAGGCAUGAAAAACUGAAAUGCACAUUCAACUUUCAGAGAUAAGGAAAUAUCAGACAUUUUAUUUUGACGUUCUAGCAUUUUUGUGGUGACGCACUUUGAUAUUUAUCUUGAAAGGCGCUGUGCGAAUAAAAUUUUACUUUUACUGUAAAAACUGGCUUUGUAAUACUUAUUGCUGCGUGGACAUUGAUGACACCGGGCUAACAGCGGCAGUGAAAGGCAGAAAGACACCCGGAGACAAGCUCAAACUUGCCUGUAAUACUUAGAGGUGCUAACAGACAGAGAGAGGAGAGGAAGGGGAGCAGACCGGCAGAGCCGAUUUCUGUGUAGUUCUGCAAGAAGCAGUCUGUCGCCGAUUGGGAUCUGACAUUUUGGCACCUCGCGCACACACCGCUCUCUUACACGCAUCCACUGAAUCUGUUUUCAACAAAUGUUUAACAGAUGUGAAGUGUUUUGGGACCCCAAACAUCAACCUGGUAAGGGGCAAGUCUCUGCCUGAAUUAUGUGGCUGAGGUCAGCAGUGCAAAGUGGACAGCUUAACUUGUCUCACUUCACUUUCUGCACGCUUCAUUACAAAUGAGAGGAUGCUGCUGGGACAGGAGAAACAGAGCCAUGGAGCUUGAAUGGGCUGACUUCAGAUUUUCACGUGUACUCACUCGAUUUCUCACUUUGUCCUCAGCUUUGGCUUCUGGGCCUGGAAGACGCUGUACUUAUCUGAUAGAUCCAGUAAGACAACAGUUGAUUGCCUUAAAGCAAUGGGAAAUGCUUUCUUUGCCUCCCCCAACUUUUUUCUUCCCUCCUCCUUCUACAGUAUUGCCCCUUCCUGCUCCUCUCUCUCCCUCCUCUCUCCUCUUAUUGGAGCCAGUUUAUAUAGGAGGAGAAACGCUCUAACAGGCUCAGAGUCUGGUGGUGCCCACUUACCACACGUUCCCAAAAAGGACUACCUGGUUUUUUUCCUAAGGAUUUACUAACAUCUGACAGCAUGACAGAGAACGGAAAGAGGAAAGAUAAAAAAGGGAGAAAGAGGGUGGGUAAGAAAGGACAAAAGGAGACAGAAGGUGAUCCCACUAAAGCUGCGGCUCCAAAGUUAAAACCGAUGAAAAAUCCAAUGAUAGUGGACGAGGGAAGCAAGCUCACAGUUAGGUGCGAGGCCACAGGAAACCCUGCCCCUACCUACAGAUGGUUCAAAGAUGGCAACGAGCUGAAGAAAAGCAAAAAAGUCAAAAUAAGGAGCGGCAAGAAAAACUCCAGAGUCCAGAUCAGCAGAGCAAAACUGGAGGAUUCUGGGAAUUACACAUGUGUGGUGGAGAACCUGCUGGGAAAGGACAACUCCACUGGCACUGUUAACGUCCAAAGCAUGACCACAACGCUAUCUCCAGGCUCAGGCCAUGCCAGAAAAUGCAACGACACAGAGAGAGCCUACUGUGUGAAUGGCGGCGACUGUUACUUCUUCCAUGGUAUAAAUCAGCUUUCCUGCAAGUGUCCAAAUGACUUUACUGGUGAUCGCUGUCAAACCUACGUUAUGGCCAGUUUCUACCAGCAUCUUGGGAUUGAAUUUAUGGAGGCAGAGGAACUCUACCAGAAAAGAGUCCUGACAAUCACGGGUAUUUGUGUGGCUCUCUUGGUCGUGGGCAUCGUGUGUGUGGUUGCCUACUGUAAAACCAAGAAACAAAGAAACAGGAUGCACAAUCAUCUGCGACAAAACAUGUGUCCAGAACAUCCCAAUCGUAACUUAGCUAAUGGACCCAAUCACCCAGGACCCGGCCCGGAGGAUAUCCCUAUGGUAGAUUACAUAUCAAAGAAUGUCCCUGCGACUGAACGUGUUAUACGGCCUGCUACAGAGGGCUCAUUUCCUGCCAGUCAUGCCUCUUCCAGAUCUCACAACUCUUCCACACGAGCUCAUUCAUCAACUCACAGACAUGAGGAACGGACAUGGAGCCUGGAACAUUCUGACAGUAUCCUCUCUGACUCGCCGGGAAUGAUGUCAUCAUCCGUGGGGACCAGUAAAUGCAGCAGCCCUGCGUGCAUGGAGGCUCGAGCACGGCGCGCUGCACACUGUGGUUACUCUGACCCCCAUCGGCCGAGGCUGCAGUACGGGGACUCCUUCGACUCGCUGGGAGACUCUCCGCACAGCGACAGAUACGUAUCAGCCCUGACAACACCAGCCCGCCUAUCCCCAGUGGAUUUCCAUUACUCAUUGCCCCCGCAGGUGCCUACCUUCCAGAUCACAUCCCCCAAUGCCAGCCACGCCAUGUCGCUCCCUCCUGCUGUUCACAAUCCGUACCCCCUGGAGGAUGACCAGCCUCUGCUGCGCCGCUACCAGGUGCCCCUACACGAUGCUCAUUGCCAGGAGCCUUACCGGCAGCAGCGUCGAACCUAUCUAAAUGACAGCAGGGGAAGCCUUCCCUCCAGCCCCUACCGGCUGGCUGAGGAUGAAGACUAUGAGACCACCCAGGAGUAUCUGUCCUCUCGGGAGCAACCAAAGAGAAGUGGGUCCAGUGGAACUGGAAGCCGGCGCUGGCGGAGAUCCAGACUGAAUGGCCACGUGGCCCCACGAGGAUACGAGGCAUCCCGGGACUAUGGGUCUCGAAGCUGUCUAACAGAUAGUGAGUCAGAGGAGGACGGCGAGAGCACGCCCUUCCUCAGUAUGCAGAACAUGAACGCCGAGCCUUCCACCAUCUACAGGCCGGCGGACAGUCGGACUUCUAACUCGUCAGGGCGACACAGUGGGCAUGGGAACACGCAUACGAGACUCACACAGUCACGCUCCAAACCGGACAAUACACCGCAUUAAAGAGUGAUAAUGAACCGACAAAAAUCAAUAUAGUAUAGACCUGCAUCUAUAAGAAAUAUUUUUAUUUUAUAUAACUGACAGAUAUUCUAAACAAAUGAAAUAUUUAUUUUCAUUUUAGCAAAAGUUGUCUACUAGUUAACAGCAAAGACUUUUUUAUAGGGAAAACUCUAUUUAUAUGUACAUUUUGAUUUACAGCAUAAAAAGAUGUGCCAGUUUUUUCACAAUGUUAAAAAAUAGAGUAAUAUUGUGGUGCCUUUUGCUGUAUGCCGAUGCCAGAGGGCCAGUGGAGGUUUUUGUAGCCUUUCUUAUAUGGACGCCUCAUUUUUUUAUACACAUUUAUGUUUUUGUUUUUCCUCUCUGGUUUCCUAUUUACUUUCUUUCCAAAUUGCAUUCUUCGAGAAGUCUAACCCCUUCCAUAUCACGCGAUAUAAACCACUUCAGCAUAAAGUGUAUGUUUACAUAUGAUAAUAUGAUUCGCCUGUAGGGUUUUCUUUUAUGAUUUGGGAUUUAUUAGAACGCCUCAUAAAUGCGAUGUAGAUUCUUUUCUUUUUUUCUUUUUUUUUUUGCCCGCUAACUAAUGUCUACCAAGAGAAAAAGAGUCACAGAGAGUGAGAAAUUGUGUUGCGUGUGCAUAAAUGUCUGCGAGCGUGUGUGCGUGUUUGUGCACGCUCGUGCGCACCUGUGUGUGUUGCUUGCAUGCGUUUGUGACUGUUAGAUGAACUUCACUGUUUGUUGUGGUAACAUCAAAUGUGUGGGUCUACUGGUGUCUCAGGAGAGUGAGAGUAAAGAGUCUCGGAGGUUCACAGAAAAGUGGUUAAUCAGAACAGUGACCCCAGUGUAGGUGAGCAGGCAAGGCUGCUGUAGGGUUGUAUGUUAUGCAGGUCAUUGCUUGAUGUGUUUACAGCUAUUCUGCCCCUCCCCAGUCCGCCCCAUUUACGUCCUUUUUAAAAAAAAAAAUUUUUUUAAAUGAUUAUUUCCCAACAGGUUUUCCUUGCUUUAGCCUGGUAUGUGGCCAACAAACACUGAGCCGCUUGGCACAGGGUGACCCCUGCUGUCAGAGGCAGUGGCAAAACAAAAAGAUUGCGUCUGUUUUCACUCGAAUCCCACGCCUAAUCAUCCUUCUGUGUCCAUUCUGUUUUCGUGGCUUACGUUUAAGGCCACCAGCGUCUCAGGAUUUCCACAUUCAUCCCCCCGCCUCCACCUCAAGCCCUGCUCAACCUCUUCCUUAAGUUUAGGUCUACCUAAGAUUCAAGUUCUCAGAUGCUGAGGACCUACGUGUUAACACGCAGUUACUAGUACCCCGAUCAUUCCCAUGCAGAGAAAAGUAAAGUCAGGUGGAAGCAGCUCAGUGGAUCACAGUACAGAGCAUACUAGACAAUAUUAAC